AUGUACAGCUGGUUGCCUCACCUUGUCCCAUGUUCUGUGUUUUCAAUCCCCGCCUUCCCUACUGGUGGAUUCAACGAUCCUGAGUUUCGUCUGCGGCAAAAUAACUUUGGCUCCAAAGCCCCAGCUGAGAUGCAUCUUGUCAAAAUCUCACCCGCCGGAGGCCAGAGUCGUAAUCGGCAACAUUUUCGCCUUGAUCAGCUUAGUCCGGCAUUCACUCUCUCGCCUGGAGCACCCUGCCCAACCUCGUUCUCGUUCACUUCAACAAAUAGCGUGGGCGAGUUGGUGCACCCGCCCGCGCCAGCCGGUUUCACCCGCGACGAGGCUCCUCCAUCUCAAACAGCCAGCGCCGUUGCCGCCGCCGCUGCUGCAAGCACCUCAUUUGACUUCACGCCCGCGACCCGCCUUGACUCGGCGGCUCUCAAGCAGGCGGCGGUGGCCGUCGGGUCGGCGGCUUCCUCUGUUACCCAAUCGAGCCCGUCAAUCGAACUCACAGCAGGUGGCACCGCGCCCCUCCUGCGCUCCCUAAUUUGGCCUCCGUCUUGGCCCAACACCAACGACUGCACUUCUACUGCAACACCGAAACCGCAUUUUCGCCCAGGUGACAAUCAACAACACCAGUUUGCCCUUUUUUCGCGUUUCGAAUCAGCCAUCCGACAGCAGCAGCAACCAUCCCGUUCUUACAAUCGCCGCAAAGCCGAAUCAAAUUGCUUUGUCCCAGCAACACACCUCAAUCAGGCGUUGACGCUGCCUACCACCCUGUCAGGCCACACCAAGUCGCAUUCGCUGACAGCGGCCGCCACCGUCGUCGGACAGUUGGGAUCGCCAUCGGGUGAACUCUGCCAAUCAGAGUCCAAGUCGUAUGCCGCCACGCCUCUGAAAUUCACUCGGGAUCUUCAACAGCAGCCCUCGAUGAACGCCUUCACUAAGGCAGGAAAUGGUUUUCCAAGCGGUUCAAAAGCCAUUGCUCCACGAUCAAGUGGUCCUUGUCGAUCAAAAAGGAUAGAUACAACUCCUUCUUUUUCAUCUUCCUCGUCUACUUCCUCGUCAGAUGCCUCCGAUAAGCCCAUUGUUGCCAAGUGGAGGCGCGCCUGCAGCUUCUACUUAAGAGGACACUGCAAGAAGGAGGACUGUGAAUUCGCGCACGAUCUCACAAAGGUCACUUGCAAGUUCUGGGAGGUGGGGGAGUGCUUCAAGGGCAUGACAUGUCCUUUCCUUCACGGAUAUCCACCCGAAUUUCUCCUGGAAUUACAACAGCGGCAAAACCAGCAAGCAGAACAAUUGACCAGCAACGGUUAA